AUGUCAUACGACCUUGUGGAUCCGGCGCUUGAGUUGGCGGAUCCUUGUCCGGAUAUCCACGUGCUUUUCAUAGAUUUUAAUGACCGGUUCUUUGAAGGAACGCUGGCAGGAUGUGAGGUCAAAUGGAGCCCGAGGAUGUAUUCGUGUGCUGGAGUGUGUUCCUAUGAAGGUCGCAGUGGAUUGUGUUCAAUUCGAUUAAGUCUCCCACUUUUGAAGCUUAGGCCAAGGAAAGAUCUUAUCGAAACUUUGCUGCAUGAAAUGAUCCACGCCUUCUUAUUUGUCACUAAACGAAAUCGCGAUAGGGAUGGUCAUGGUCCGGAUUUUCAAUAUCAUAUGUACAGAAUCAAUCAAAUGGCGAAUACAAAGAUUACUAUCUAUCACUCUUUCCAUGAUGAGGUGGCCGUGUACAAACAACACGUUUGGAGAUGUGAUGGCCCAUGUCGCGAUCGGAAGCCUUUCUAUGGGUAUGUGAAACGAUCCUCGAAUCGUGCUCCAGGUCCUAAUGAUCUUUGGUGGAAUUCACACAAGUCAAGCUGCAAUGGAACUUUCCAGAAGAUCAAAGAACCAGAAGGCUAUGGUCAAAGGAAGAGGAAAGCAAACGGAGAGAAGGCUGUGCCCGAGAAGAAACUUUCACCCAAAAAUACGCUUGAUCGAUAUUUCUCGAUCUCUGUUGUCGGAAGCGGACAAACUUUAGGGACCACCAGUCAAACCCCCAGCACUCCAAAAAGUUCUAGACUGCUGGAGCUCUACUCUAGCGAUUCCGGUUCCGGCUCUACAGCAAGUAGCGGUGCUUCUGGUAGUGCUUCAACACAGGCCGAGAACAAAACAGUGCCGAGCAUUCAAAAAGAAUCAAUCUCAUGGCCAUCGGUCAAAAUAAUCGGCAUCAAGAUAUCUGCCGGAUCUUCCAGGACCCCAUCAUCUAGUGGUGUAUCUUCUAAUGCCUUAGGCACUGCUGACAGCCCUAUAGAAAUUGAAGAUGACUCAAGUUGUCCGGGUACUUCUACUGCUAAUGCCUUUGAUCGAGACAACAUCGAUCAGGUAGACCUGAACCGAUGUGUGUACUGUCCUUCAUGUGGUGAUAGGGUAAUCGAAUUUUAUAUUAACGAGCACUUGGAUCUUUGUUUUGCUUCACAAUAG